AGAAGGGGUGAGCGGGGGCGGGCGAGCCAGCAGCGCGCCGGAUCCGCGGCGCUGCGCGAUGCUGCUGCCGGCGGCGCAGCCCUGAGCGCCCGGCUCGGCACGGCCCGGUGCGGACACCCAGCGCGGCGGCGGCGGGGGGCGGCGGCCGCGCCCCCGGCGCGGAGACAAAGCCGGGGCCGAGCGCUGGAGGCGAGCGGAGGGGUCGGCUGCGCUGCGCGCACAGGCGGGAGGCUGCGGCAGGAGCUGAGCUGACUUCACCGGUGUCCCCUCCCCACCCCACGGCGAGGCUGUAGCUGGAAAGCGCUGUCCUGUGCACAUGUGUCUUUCUCCUCCAGCCUGGGACCAUGGGGAGCAGCAAGAGCAAGCCCAAGGACGCCAGCCAGCGCCGGCGCAGCCUGGAGCCCACCGACAACACCCACCACGGGGGGUACCCGGCCUCGCAGACACCCAGCAAGGCGGCUGCUCCCGACACCCACCGCACCCCCAGCCGCUCCUUUGGGACCAUGGCUGCUGAGUCCAAGCUCUUUGGAGGCUUCAACACGUCCGACACAGUCACCUCGCCGCAGCGUGCCGGGGCGCUGGCUGGUGGCGUCACCACCUUCGUGGCCCUCUAUGACUACGAGUCUCGGACUGAAACAGACUUGUCCUUCAAGAAAGGAGAGCGCCUACAAAUCGUCAACAACACGAGAAAAGUGGAUGUCAGGGAAGGUGACUGGUGGCUGGCUCAUUCCCUCACUACAGGACAGACGGGCUACAUCCCCAGUAACUAUGUCGCGCCCUCAGACUCCAUCCAGGCUGAAGAGUGGUAUUUUGGGAAGAUCACUCGCCGGGAGUCUGAGCGGCUGCUGCUCAACCCCGAAAACCCUCGAGGGACCUUCCUGGUCCGGGAGAGUGAGACCACGAAAGGUGCCUACUGCCUCUCCGUCUCCGACUUCGACAACGCCAAAGGGCUCAAUGUGAAGCACUACAAGAUCCGCAAGCUGGACAACGGCGGCUUCUACAUCACCUCCCGCACCCAGUUCAACAGCCUGCAGCAGCUGGUGGCCUAUUACUCCAAACACGCCGAUGGCUUGUGCCACCGUCUCACCAAUGUCUGUCCCACGUCCAAGCCCCAGACCCAAGGCCUGGCCAAGGACGCCUGGGAGAUCCCCCGGGAAUCGCUGCGGCUGGAGGUCAAGCUGGGGCAGGGCUGCUUCGGAGAGGUGUGGAUGGGGACCUGGAAUGGCACCACGCGGGUGGCGAUCAAGACGCUGAAGCCUGGCACCAUGUCCCCGGAGGCCUUCCUGCAGGAGGCCCAGGUCAUGAAGAAGCUCCGGCAUGAGAAGCUGGUUCAGCUCUACGCUGUGGUUUCAGAGGAGCCCAUUUAUAUCGUUACUGAGUACAUGAGCAAGGGGAGCCUCCUGGAUUUCCUGAAGGGCGAGAUGGGCAAGUACCUGCGGCUGCCCCAGCUCGUGGAUAUGGCAGCUCAGAUCGCAUCUGGUAUGGCCUACGUGGAGAGGAUGAACUACGUCCACCGGGACCUCCGGGCCGCCAACAUCCUUGUGGGGGAGAACCUGGUGUGCAAAGUGGCUGACUUUGGCUUGGCACGCCUCAUCGAGGACAACGAGUACACGGCUCGGCAAGGUGCCAAGUUCCCCAUCAAGUGGACAGCCCCCGAAGCUGCUCUGUACGGCAGGUUUACUAUCAAGUCGGACGUCUGGUCCUUUGGCAUCCUCUUGACCGAGCUGACCACCAAGGGCAGAGUGCCAUACCCAGGGAUGGUGAACCGGGAGGUGCUGGACCAGGUGGAGCGGGGGUACCGCAUGCCCUGCCCCCCCGAGUGCCCCGAGUCUCUGCACGACCUCAUGUGCCAGUGCUGGCGGAAGGACCCGGAGGAGCGACCUACAUUCGAGUACCUGCAGGCUUUCCUGGAGGACUACUUCACCUCGACAGAGCCCCAGUACCAGCCCGGCGAGAACCUAUAGACCCGGAGCUCCUCCUGGCACCAGGGACGUUGCCAUCCUCGCCGCAGGGCGCCGAGGGCUGGCCUCCCCACCUGGGGGCCGGUUUUUGUGGAGCGGCCCCAGAGCAGGAUGGGGCAUCGCCUCCGGAUGCGGCCAGGGGAGGUGCUGAGUCCCCCUGCCGCUCAUUAAGACUUCUGGCCCAUGUUUAACCAAGUGGUGCCAUCCCGCUGGCGAGAGGAGCCUGCGGGUGCUGGCGGCUCAGGAGGGCGAGCAGAGCAUCUCCUGCUGAGAGACUUGGCUUUUGGGAGAACUUUUCCACCCCCCCGGCAGCUCUGGGGUGAGCCCAGAGGAACUGGGGGACAGCACCCUCUACCUGGGACAUGUGGCCCUGGCCUCCUGCACCCCCUUUCUAAAUCAGCACAAUUUUCCCUGCCCCUUCACCCUCCCUGCCAUUUCCCCCUUGGCUCUGGUUCUCCCGAAGACACUGGCAGAGACCUUUUGCCCCAGGGAAGGCGCAAGCCCUGGCUUGUUCAGAUGGGGAGAUGUGCCAGGGCAGUGAUGCCAGCGUGGGGUGGCAGCGGGACGCUGGUGGUCCCCUUUCCUGGAGCAUCCCUCCAGCCAUACCAUAGCAGGGCUCUGCGGCUGAGCCAUGCUAGCAGGCACCAGGGCAUGAAAUGUGGGUGUUCAUGGCUCCGGUGACCAUCACCAUCCCGUGGGAGCACCUGGGUGCACAUUCAAGUCUUCCAGCUGUGUCUGUCCCCCCAAGAGACCCAUCUCGUCUCUCCUGGGAGCAGCACGGGGGAUGCUGGCAGAGCCCUUGCCUUGCCCUGCCCAUGGCCAGCCCCACCGCCCCGGCUGCGCUUUGUGCCACCAAGCGCUCCUGGUCUUCCAGCCGGUCCCCUGGGAGGUGCCCCAGAGCCCCCCAGCAGGUGCACCACAACCCCCCAGCCACCCUCCCUGUUCCACUGCCAGCUCUCCCACCAGCAGAGUCCCCUGGGCUGGCCCUGUCACCAAAUCCAGUGCCACCGCAGGGUUUGGGUGCAUGGCACAGGUGGUUUUUCAAGGUGUGGGACUGUUUGGGGGGAAAUAUUCAUUUUUCACAGAUGCUUUUGUCCACCAGGUACAUUUUUAGCUGCAUUCCCCUCACCCCUUGUGUCUUGGCUGCUGGGCUAUGAUGCCCGCAGCAUCCCCAGCCACAGGCUGUCACUGUGCAGGAGAGUCCCGGGAUGUGCUGUGCCACCCGGGAGACAUCUGCAUCCUCAUCUCCCCGCUCGCUCCCAAGCCCUCAGCCAUGUUUUGGCAUUGAGUGUCUGUCUGUCCCCAUGGGGCUGAACCCCUGGACCCCUGCACUCUCCCACCCAGCACCUGCUUUGUACAUAGCCCCGGAGCAGCCCCCACCCUCCCAGACAUUGACUUAGUUGCAUGUGUUGUUUUUUCCCCUCCUGGGGCUGUAUGCAGCUGGAAACCAUUCACCACGGUGGCUCACGAGGUUUUGCUCCCUCACCUCUUGGGUUCCAGACACCCUCGCUCAGAAAGACCUGGGGGCUCUUUGGAUGCUCUCCUGGACCAGGGGGUGUGGUGGGGGCUGGAGGGUGGGGGUGCUGUGGGGCCAGGGUGCUGGUACACACCACCAGGAAGGACCCGGAGAAGGGGAGCCAAUGGCUUCGCCCACCUCUCGCUCCCCAGGCAGUGGGUUUUCUUUGCCUCCUCAUGGCUUGUGGGAUGGGGUUUCCCUCCAGCACAGCCUCCUUGCAGGCAGCAGACCCAAACCACCUCUUGCCAGCCCCCACCGUGGUGCUGGUGUCGCAUGAAAGGCAGGUGGGAGCCGAGUAUGGGCAGGGGGGCAGCCAAAACCACCUUCCCUCCCAAAAACCAACACCCCCCCGGCGCAGGGCCUGGGCAUGCUGCUGCCUCCCGCAGCUCCCCGACCACUUAUUUAUGAACCAAGUGCUCACUUGGUUGGUUGGUGACACCUUUUUAAUGAGUAAAACCUUCAAAAUCAGCUUGAAUGGGCUCUUUAGCAAAACAGAGAUCUUGUAUUUUCUGGCUUGGAGAACGGCAACUGGUUUGAUGGAUUUUUUUUUCUACAUCAUUUGGGGACUCGGAGCUUUUCCUCCCUCCUUCGUAGCAGAUUUGCUGUACCUGCAUUUCUGCGUUUGGGCAGGGACUCUCCAAACCUGGAUGUCCUGGGUCUUUCCAUGUCUGCAUCCCUGAGAUGGGUGGAUGCUGUGUCCCCAUCGGCACUGCCAGAGAAGUCCUGUCCCGGUCUGAGGGGUGGUCUGUGCCAUAGUUCUGCCUAAAUCCCCAUCCCCGGGAGAAACUUCUUAAAACUGUAAUGUGCGGAAGCCAGAUUUGAUCUGAAAGCUGGGGAGAGGGGGCAGGAGCACACGUUCAGGUUUGCCCUUUGGUUGUCUGCAGCACAUACAGGGUCUUGCACCAGUGCAGCGGGACAGGAACGGGCUUGACCUGGCGGUUCCAUUUUCUGGCUCUUUUUGGCAAGCGGCAGAGCAGGAACACACCCUUGGCGCAAGGAACACCCCCGACUGGCUUAAUUCCCUGUGGCUUUUGGCAAGCUCUGAUGAAGGAGACGUGCUGGGGACAUUUCAGGGCAGAGGACAGUGAAGUGAUCCCGGAGGAACCUCCCUGCACGGGGCUGGGGCUGUGUGUCUGCGUGUCCGUGUGUCCAUCCGUGUUUCUGUGCGGCGGUUUUUGUAGGAUCCAGCAUCUCCAGACUCGCCGCUGCAGCGGGAUCGAGAGCCUCUCCUCCAUCACCAUUGUUGUCUGCCAAUGUAUGUUUUUAAGCCAAUAAAGUCCAGAGGGGAGCCCCCACCUAAGGGUGCUCUUUGGCAUCCUAGGGUCAAUAUUGCCCUACAAGUUAUUCUCCUCUGCCAUUAUCAUUUUUUAAACAGUGUUUUGUACGAUCUCCAACCGACUAUGCAGAGAACAUGUGGAUCUGUGUCUCUCUUCGCAGCUCCCCUCUCCCCCACCUGCCUUUUUCAGUGUCUAAGUAAAAUAUUUAGCUUUUUUUUUUUUUUUCUUUUUUUUUGGAUAAUAAUAAAACUUCGGGGGGAAAAAAAUGUGAAAAGGUCCAGCUUUGUGGGUGGUGGGCGGUGGAGAUGCUUUGAAACUAUUGUUGAUGUAAAUACUUUGCUAUUUGAUAAUUAAAUACAAACAGACCUCACAGAAAAA